UGCGCAUGCGUGCAGUACAGACCAGUUUAUGUCAACAAGGAAGACAAUCUUCGCAUGUAUCUGCGUGUAUACCUAGCUGUAGCUGCUUUAAAUUGUUUGAAACUUUACAGCUAACAAGAUUUCAAAAGAUAAAUCUUUUGCGGGAUAUUUGUAGAUGGCUGAUUUGUCGUCGAGGCGUCUGUAGCUGUGCUGUUUCGGACUGUUGACAAACUUAUCAGCUAGCUAGCUGGCGCUCGAGAAGCUCAUCAGUAUCAUGCCUGCUCGAAACAUCCUGUCCGACGAUUUUCCAGGCAGCAGAGUGAAGUACUCCAGGUUAGCUUCUGACGAUGACGGCUACAUUGAUUUACAGUUUAAAAGGAGUCCACCCAAAGUACCGUACAAAGCUAUAGCCCUCGCCACGGUGUUGUUCUUGAUCGGGUCUCUCUUAAUCGUCAUUGGCUCUCUUCUCCUCGCUGGGUACUUUGGAGUCACACACUCAGACCGAACAGUUCCUGUCCUCAUCAUUGGGAUCCUCGUCUUCCUGCCGGGAAUUUACCACCUACGGAUCGCCUACUAUGCAUCAAAGGGAUACCCAGGCUACUCCUAUGAGGACAUCCCAGACUUUGAUGACUGAACCAGAGCAGGGCAGUGUGCUAUGUCCUGCUGUAUUACUGUUCAUUCCUGCAUUGCUUACACUAAAUCAAAAGUAGCCAAGGAAAAAAAGAUGUAAUCAUUUUUUUGUUACUGUUAAUUACUAUUAUGUUGGUUAAUUAUUGUGAGCCUGCAAAAGGAUGUAUGCAUGUUAUAAAUGAAUAAAACUGGUAUUUCUUUUUUUUUAUGCGUAACACUU